AUGGUGGUACGUGCAUCGAUGAAGUCAACAUGUUCACUUGCAUAUGUGUAUCGGGCUACACAGGAUUGAUUUGUGACAUAGAUAUGAAUGAUUGUGACUCUGACCCCUGUACCAAUGGUGGUACGUGCAUCGAUGAAGUCAACAUGUUCACUUGCAUAUGUGUAUCGGGAUACACAGGAUUGAUUUGUGACAUAGAUAUGAAUGAUUGUGACUCUGACCCCUGUACCAAUGGUGGUACGUGCAUCGAUGAAGUCAACAUGUUCACUUGCAUAUGUGUAUCGGGCUACACAGGAUUGAUUUGUGACAUAGAUAUGAAUGAUUGUGACCCUGACCCCUGUACCAAUGGUGGUACGUGCAUCGAUGAAGUCAACAUGUUCACUUGCAUAUGUGUAUCGGGCUACACAGGAUUGAUUUGUGACAUAGAUAUGAACGACUGUGACUCUGACCCCUGUACCAAUGGUGGUACGUGCAUCGAUGAAGUCAACAUGUUCACUUGCAUAUGUGUAUCGGGCUACACAGGAUUGAUUUGUGACAUAGAUAUGAAUGAUUGUGACCCUGACCCCUGUACCAAUGGUGGUACGUGCAUAGAUGAAGUCAACAUGUUCACUUGCAUAUGUGUAUCGGGCUACACAGGAUUGAUUUGUGACAUAGAUAUGAACGACUGUGACUCUGACCCCUGUACCAAUGGUGGUACGUGCAUCGAUGAAGUCAACAUGUUCACUUGCAUAUGUGUAUCGGGCUACACAGGAUUGAUUUGUGACAUAGAUAUGAAUGAUUGUGACCCUGACCCCUGUACCAAUGGUGGUACGUGCAUCGAUGAAGUCAACAUGUUCACUUGCAUAUGUGUAUCGGGCUACACAGGAUUGAUUUGUGACAUAGAUAUGAACGACUGUGACUCUGACCCCUGUACCAAUGGUGGUACGUGCAUCGAUGAAGUCAACAUGUUCACUUGCAUAUGUGCAACGGGCUACACAGGAUUGAUUUGUGACAUAGAUAUGAAUGAUUGUGACUCUGACCCCUGUACCAAUGGUGGUACGUGCAUCGAUGAAGUCAACAUGUUCACUUGCAUAUGUGUAUCGGGCUACACAGGAUUGAUUUGUGACAUAAAUAUGAAUGAUUGUGACUCUGACCCCUGUACCAAUGGUGGUACGUGCAUCGAUGAAGUCAACAUGUUCACUUGCAUAUGUGUAUCGGGCUACACAGGAUUGAUUUGUGACAUAGAUAUGAAUGAUUGUGACUCUGACCCCUGUACCAAUGGUGGUACGUGCAUCGAUGAAGUCAACAUGUUCACUUGCAUAUGUGUAUCGGGCUACACAGGAUUGAUUUGUGACAUAGAUAUGAAUGAUUGUGACCCUGACCCCUGUACCAAUGGUGGUACGUGCAUCGAUGAAGUCAACAUCUUCACUUGCAUAUGUGUAUCGGGCUACACAGGAUUGAUUUGUGACAUAGGUAAUUUACCUUAG